CUACUGCUCUUUUUUUACGGAAAAACAAUCGAAAGUAUAAAUCGAAUGAUUUAAAUUUACCGCUCUUUUCUUGACAAAAAUUACCAAACUUUUCCAAACGUUGUUCAUCGAAAGUGUUAGUAUAAGAUUUUAAUUUUAUCUUAAAAAUCCGUUCGUGUGUAUUGGUGUUUGUCUUUUUAAUAAGUGGUGCAGUUAUUUCUAGAGAAGUUAACCUCAAUCAUAUGCAAGCAUGACAUCUAUUAAGUUAUUGGAAGAUAGACUAGACGAAUUGGAAAAGCAAGUUUAUGGAUUUGGGAAGGUGUUGCAGCUGGAUGAUUCAUUUCCAGAAACAUCUAUUACCGAUAAUCUCUUACAUGCGAAUACGUUGAUCUCUUCGGCAUUAUCAGGCAGAGAAAAUAUAGCGGAAGCUAUUAAACGAUUACCAGAAUUGAUUAAAUAUUUAGAUAUAUCUCCUGAUGAAUUAGAUGAGCCCAUACAAAUUAAGUCGCUUUUAUUAUUACUUCCGGAACAAGAAAUCAUGGAUAAUUAUAAGUAUUUAAGUAAAAUACAAGAGUUGAUGCCAGUUUUAGAAACGGAUUCUUUAAAAGACCUUCCAGAAUUAUCUGUUAAACUUAAAGAAUUAUCUUUGAAACAGUUGAAGAUACACGAUGAAGCCGAAGCAUUUGCUAAGGAUAUGCAUGCCAUCUUCAGUGUUUAUAAUGAUGUAAUAGAUAGUAUAUCUAAAACAUUAAUUACCUUGGAUCAAGAAAUAACACGUGCUGAACUGAAAGAAAGUAGAAAGUAGAUAAAUGACUGUAUAUUAUUAAUUUAUUCUGCAAUUUCAAGAAAAUUAUUUUCUUUUGAGUACUCAUUACACCAACAGUUGUAAAGGUCGUUGGUAUGAAAAAAGGGCUAAUAAAAAAAAAAUGGGAGUGGAAAUGGAUAAUCAUCUUAUUGUAUACACGUUUUUAUGCGUGGGUAUAUAUAUUACUUUCACAGUCGAGGAGUAAUCUGCAAGUCAAGGACAAAUAAUUUAAAGGGAUGAUUAUGAGAAGAAAGUUGAGAUCAACGAACCAGUCGACUGAAUUAACGAAUAGCGAACGUGGGUGUUAUCGAUAGUAUGCCUACAGAUUUCGAACUAUCGAAGUGGUCGAGCAAGAUUAUGCGACCAUCGAUGAACUCGAAGCAGAGUCAGUGGAAUCUAAUAUAGAAGCGGGUUAGUCCGCUACCAAAUGCCCUUCCCUUCCCUGGCGCAUUAAGGCAA